UCAUUGUCGCGUACUGGUCGAUUGGUUCCGGGAGUGCGGUUCGUUGAGUGUCGUUACGUGCGCGUGACACGGUUUUCAUUUUUUCGGACAUUUCUUAUCAGCCCUUACGUCGAUAUGGCUUGGCUGUCUGGUCUUGCUGAUAAGGCAGAAAAUUUGUUGAAUAAAAUUGACAAAAACACUGCGGCCGUGUUAAAUAAAGACAAAUACGAGAUGCCACAGGGUCAUUUAUCAGAAGUUACAUGGCUCUCUCCGGAAUCUGGAUUAAAUGAUAUGUCCAAGACACCUUUAUUGGGAUCAUCAGGUCAUAUUCCUUAUGUUGCUCCUACUUCAGGUUUGACAUCGGUGAAUCUGUUAAAUGUAACGACGCCUAAAGAAGACGCAUUAUUUACAUAUUUAAAUACGCCUGACCCGAGUCCAAAGAGGAUAGUGGAAUCCUUUAAAUCACUAUCAACUACUUCAUCGUUAUUGGUAGAACAUCCUACAGAUGACACAGAUUCAGAUCUAUCUAUUCAGAGUGAUCGGAUUAGUCCAACUCCGUCUCAUGUUUCAAUUGAAAUGAUUCCCAAUAUUUUGGAUGAUAAAGAUGCUGAAAUAAAUAUGGAAAAUUCAAAUUUGUAUCCAAGUAAUGAAAUGCAGACCUUAGAUUGUGAAAAUAUAGAUAAUACAACAAUCGAAACUAUACAGAAUGAACACAAUGAUGCAGAGGAACAUUUAGAUGUAUUCUAUCCUCAGCCCAGAUAUAAAAUAAAGUCAAACAAUGUGAAAACAGAUAAUUUAGAUAAUCCAAUUGAUUUAGUAAAUAAACGAAAAUAUACAAGAGAAUUGGAAAGACACUUGGAGAAGCAAAAUGAAUUCCUUGGGAAACAAACGGACUUUCAAAAAGAAAUUGUAGUUCUAAAUGAAAAGUUGAAAGCCUUGGAAGUGGAAAAGUUAGAGCAGUCAAAACAAGUAGUAGAUUUACAAUCCAUCAUUGACAGAAACAGACAAGAGUUAAACUCAAUUAGAUCUGAAUUGGAACAGCAUAAAGCUAGGGCAUUGAAAACUUUACAAGAAAAGGAAAAACUUAUAGCAGAACUGAAAAGCAAUGCACCAACAGCCAUGGAUGAAGCCACUAUCAUGGAAUUGAAUCAAUUAAAACAGGAACGUGAUAUUGUUAGGGAGGAAAAUCAGCAAAUGUGUCAGCAGCUGAAAAUGUUGAGAGAAGAGCUGAUGAAUGCAGAUCUGAACUUGGAAAAGAUAAGACAAAAAUUAGCCGAGACAAAUCUACAAAAUCAAGAGAUUCUUGCUAGUGAAAGACGUCGAAGAGUAGAAACAGAAGAAGACAUGAGAUUACAUUCUGAAGAAUUAAGAUCCUUGAAAGAUGAAUUAAUUAGUCAACGUAAUGGAUUUAGUUUACAGUUACAAAAGCAGAAUUCAGAGAUUUCUAGGCUUAAGUUGCAGCUGUCUGUGUCGGCAACGCCGAGUAAUGAAAUGGAUUCAAGAAUAACAUCUCUUACUCAAACUCUGGUUUUAAAACAGCAAGCAUUGGAAUGUUUGACGACAGAAAGAAAUGCAUUACGUCUCCAACUUGAGAAAAUCGAACAUGAAUAUAGAAAUGCUGCAGGCAAUUUACGAAGAAACAUAUCGUAUAACAAUAUAAACGAUACGGAUGAUGCAAAAGCUCAAGUUCCUACAUUUUUAAUAGAAACACCGUUUGAUACCAGCGUUACUAGAAGAGUAAAAAGAGCUUAUUCUUCAUUGGAUGCCAUAAGCAUUCGAACGGGAGUAUUCUUAAGGAGAUAUCCAUUAGCUAGGAUUUUAGUAUUGAUUUAUAUGGCACUGCUCCAAUUGUGGGUCUUUGUAGUUCUCUUUUCCCAAUCACCGGAAGCUCAUUAAUAAAAAUUACAAUAGCAGAUAGCACCUUAAAACAAAAAAAAGAAAUAUAUUUAUAAAAAAUAAAACUUUUUGUGAAUAUCGGAAAGCAAUAUUUACAGGAAGCAGAUUUAGAUCUUAUACAGUUUAAUAUAUCUUA